AUGUCAACUCUUGCAAGGUCCGUAUCAAGGCCGUCACUGGCUGCACGAUUAGCACUGUCCACGCCUGCUUCGAGCAUCUGUGAGAAUGUAUUGGCCCCGGGAGUACGCCGGCGAAUCUCCACCAUACACAGGUCGCAAACCUCGCCGCUCCGUCCCGCGAUAUGUUCCCCACGCUCAAACGUGAGAACCUUUUCAACAAGCCCUCGAUCGGAGAAAUGGGGCAUGUUCAAGACUGUACAAGAAGCCGAGGCGCGACAUAAAUCAGGCCCGUUCUCAUUCCGCGCCGGUGCACUUUUUGUUCUUACUGGUGUCGGUUUGUACAGCUACUUCACAUACGAGAAGGGCCGUAUGGAAAGAAUGCGUGUCACAGAGAGCCAUAAAGGUGUGGGUAAAGCGAGAAUAGGAGGGGAAUUCACCCUGACAGAUCAGAACGGGCAGAGGAUCACGGACAAGGAAGCCAGAGAUGGCAAGUUCAGUCUGGUCUACUUUGGUUUCACUCACUGUCCGGAUAUAUGUCCUGAAGAGCUCGACAAAAUGGCUGUCAUGAUCGAUAAGGUCUAUGAAAAACGCGGGAAGAGCCUUCAGCCGAUAUUUAUAACAUGCGACCCCGCUCGAGAUACACCCAAAGUGAUGAAAGAAUAUCUUAAUGAAUUUCAUCCAGCCUUGGUUGGUCUUACUGGCACUUAUGAUGAGAUCAAGGAUGUCUGCAAAAAGUACCGAGUUUACUUUUCUACGCCGAGAGAUCUGAAAGAGGGGAUGGACUACCUUGUGGACCACUCGAUAUACUUUUAUCUGAUGGAUCCAGAUGGUAAUUUCGUAGAGGCGCUUGGUCGUCAGCAUACCGCCCACCAAGCGGCUGAUAUUAUAAGCACACAUAUUGGAGACUGGAAAGGCCCAGUGAAAAUUGAUGCUUAA